AUGACCGAAAUCACCAGCUCCGCGCCUAUGAUCGGCGACUGCACACAUGCUGUCUCGCCUUCUCUUGUGGUCAAGCUUCCACUCUCUCAGAAUGCCUGCCCAGUAUGCGUCAUCAGCUCUCAAAUGGCUGCAGUUCGAGCGGCCCAGAAUCACUUCUUGACGCGUGGAGGCGUCUUCAUGUCCAGUUCAGGUGACGUUAAAAAGCAUGUCGUCGCUACAAGGUACUGGAGAAAGACAAAAAUCGCACUGGCAAAUACCAUCAUGAAGUUUGAAGACUUGCUCAAAGAGCCUGGCCUGCCAAUUGAAGACAUAGCAAGGCUGAGUGAAGCACUGGGGGCAUGGGACGACCAGAAGAUGUUUCUGAGUAGAGUGCCAGGCUUGAGAUAUGUUAGAGGGCCAGAAACACCUGUACCAACAGAAGAGGAUAGGGAACGUGCAAGGGUGUUCAUGAACUGGGUGCGAAAUACAAUGAAGAGGGAGAUGAUACUGAGCGCUAUGAGAGACAAAGUCAGGUCGAUACCAGCUCGGCCACCUGACAAAGACCUGCCUGGAUGGCAACUCAUAGAGCCCAGGUCAUUUUGCCAAUCCUCGCACAAACAAAAGAUGGAAACCACCCUCCCGUCAACCUCCCUCACAACCACCACCACCACCUACACGUAUCCAGCCACCCCCAAAUCCAUCUUCCAAACCUUCCGCACCCUCAUCACCCCGAAGCCCUCUGACCCCACCCCUAACCACAAACAAGUCCGUAUCUCCCCUUCCGUAACCAUCUCCUCCGAGCACCUCUCCACUGCCAACCCCUCCCCCUUCAAGUCCCUCUCACGCACCUGCACCACCGCCCCGCACUCCAUCCACGCGACCGCCGAGCACAAGCGCCACAAAUACGCAUACUUCCGGCGGCACCCAACCUACGAGCCGGGAGCGUGGGCGUCGGCCGAGGGGUCAAGAAAGGCGAAUACGAGUUUCUAUCAUGCGAAGCCGUGGGCGGUGGAAAUGUAUGUGGGCAGGGAGUUGAAGAGGGAGGAGAGAGAGAGGAAGCUUGCGGUGCAGUUGGGGAGGGAUGGACGGAAGUGGAUGGUUGCGAUGGCUGAGGUGGGGAAGAUGGAUGUGCAGAGUGUGAGGCUUGAAAGGUUGGUUGUUUGGUUGUCAGGGCUGGGAGGAGGGUAA